AUGCCAUUUCAGAAAAGAAAAAUAUUUUGUAAAAUUAUAUAAUUUUUACAACCACUAGAUCUUUAUUUAAACAUAUUCAUUCUGACAACAAUGAUAAUUGAUAGAUAUUACGCAAUUUGUAAUUCUCUUAAUUAUUAUAAUGUUAUCUCCAAAAAAUCCACGAUUAUGGUAUAUUGUCCGUGGGUUAUCGCAAUUCUCUUAUGCCUGCCGCAAUUUAAGGCUUUGAUUAAUACCGUAAAGCAAACCAUAGCAUUAAUCAUUUUAUAUUUAAUUACGAAAACGUCAUUUAUCGGAUAUUCACUGUGGGCAACGUGCAAUUAAAAAAUGUUUCUUUUUCCUUUAUCAAUAAUAAUAACAAUAAUAAUAAUAAUAAAAUAAUAAAAAGAAAGAUCAUUUGAUAAUUCAAGAAAUACAAUGAUACGUUAAAUAAAA